AUGUUCUGUUUGGUUUUCUUUAUCCUCGCGCUGCCGCCCAGUCUGGCAGAUGUGAGCUAUUCUAUUCCGGAGGAGAUGAGACGCGGAUCUGUCAUUGGGAGUAUAGCGAAGGACCUCGGGCUCGAUGUUAAAGGACUCUCAGCGCGCAACGCCCGGAUCGAUACAGAAGAUGAUGACAGCCAUUUUGUUGAUAUUCAGCGGAACACUGGAGAUCUGAUUGUUGCCGGGAGGAUUGACAGGGAAGAGUUUUGUGGAACGAGAGUCUCCUGUUCUUUAAAAUACGAGCUCGUGCUGGAGAACCCUCUGGAAUUACACCGCGUUUUACUCCAAAUUCAGGAUAUAAACGACAAUUCACCUCAGUUUCCGAAUGAGAUUAUUAAUCUGGAAAUAGGAGAAUCCGCAGUUAAAGGCGCGCGCUUCCCCUUAGAUCAGGCGCACGAUGCGGAUAUCGGACAGAACGCGGUUCAGAGCUACACGCUACAAAGGAAUGAACAUUUUGUUUUGGCUGUUCAUACGAACACAGACGGAGGGAAAUACGGCGAGUUAGUGCUAGAAAAAGAGCUGGAUCGCGAGGAGCAGACGGAGGUGACGUUAUUACUUACUGCCGCUGACGGAGGGAGUCCACAGAGAUCUGCUACUGUAGUUAUACACGUCACUGUGCUGGAUGCUAACGAUAAUAUCCCCGUGUUUAGCCAGGCUGUGUAUGAAGUCAGUCUGCCUGAAAACUCUCCUUUAGGUGCUGUAGUGCUCACAGUCAGCGCCACUGACGCAGACGAGGGCGCUAACGGUCAAGUGACGUAUGAGUUUAGCCGUAUGUCCGUGAAAGGAGCGAAGUUAUUCAGCAUUGAGAGGGAGACCGGGGAAAUUAAAGUGAUCGGGUCAAUAGAUUUCGAAAAGGAGUCAUAUUAUGAAAUGCAAAUACAAGCAAAAGAUGGAUCCGGCUUAGUAUCUAGUGCAAAGGUAAUUAUCGAAAUCACUGACGUGAAUGACAACGCGCCUGUGAUAUUUUUGAAAUCUCUGAACAAUCCCAUACCUGAGAGCGCGUUACCUGGCGCAGAGGUGGGCAUCGUUAAUGUUCAGGAUAAAGACUCCGGGGCAAAUAGACAGGUCCGCUGCUCCAUUCAGCAGAAUGUUCCUUUCAAGUUAACCCCCUCCAUCAAAAACUACUACUCACUGGUAACUACAGGACAACUGGACCGGGAACUAGUCACGGAAUAUAACAUCACAAUCACUGCUACCGACGAGGGCUCUCCGUCCUUAUCUUCCUCAAAGACUGUGCAGUUAUCUGUGUCAGACGUUAACGACAACCCGCCUGUGUUUGAUCAACAGUCGUACAGCGCCUCUGUGGCUGAAAAUAACAAACCUGGCUACUCUGUUCUUUCUGUGCGGGCGAGAGACCCGGACUGGAGACAGAACGGCACGGUUUUCUAUUCUCUGCUGUCCGGUGAGAUCAGCGGUGUCCCGGUAUCCUCAUUUUUAUCGGUUAACGGAGACACGGGGGUGAUCCAUGCGGUCAGAUCAUUUGAUUAUGAGCAGUUGAGAAGCUUCAAAGUCCACGUUGUUGCCAGGGACAAUGGAUCUCCUCCACUCAGCAGUAACGUGACUGUGCGUGUGCUGGUGACUGAUGAGAAUGAUAACUCUCCACAGAUACUAUACCCUGCUCCUACAGGGAACUCUUUCAUGACUGAGAUGGUCCCCAAAGCUGCUCACGCGGGCUCCCUGGUCUCCAAGGUGAUAGCUGUGGACGCGGACUCUGGACAGAACGCGUGGCUGUCCUAUCAGAUCGUGAAACCCACUGAUCCGGGACUUUUCACUAUCGGGGUCCACAGCGGAGAGAUCCGGGUGCAGCGGGACAUUUCUGAAUCUGACGCCAUGAGGCAGAACCUUUUUGUCUUGGUGAAAGAUAACGGACAGCCCUCUCUCUCUGCAACCUGCGCAGUGUAUUUAGUGAUCUCAGAUAACUUGGCUGAAGUCCCCCAGCUGAAAGACAUGUCUCGUGAGGAGAACAAUUCCAAACUGACUUCAUAUUUGAUCAUCGCGCUGGUGUCCGUCUCCACCUUCUUCCUGACGUUUAUUAUUCUGACGGUGGCCGUGAGGUUUUGCCGCAGAAGAAAACCCAGACUGUUGUUUGACGGCGCAGUCGCCAUUCCCAGCGCAUAUUUCCCUCCCAACUACGCAGAGGUGGAGGGAGCAGGAACUCUGCGCAGCUCUUACAAUUAUGACGCGUACCUGACAACGGGCUCGCGCACCAGCGACUUCAAGUUCGUCAGAUCUUACAAUGACGUCACGUUGGCCGCCGAUCAGACCCUGAAGAGGAGCCCGGAUGAAGCCGGUGAGCUGGAAGGCGGAAGUGAGGGCGAAUCAACAGCUUCUGCUCCGCAGAAAACCCCCAGUGACUGGCACUUCUCCCAGAACCAGAGACCUGGAACCAGUGGAGCGGGGCCUUGCCCUGAGGACUCCGACAUUGUUACCGGGACAACGCCCUGGCCCAACCCCCCCACCGGGACAACGCCCUGGCCCAACCCCCCCACCGGGACAACACCCUGGCCCAACCCCCCCACCGGGACAACGCCCUGGCCCAACCCCCCCACCGGGACAACACCCUGGCCCAACCCCCCCACCGAGGCUGAGCAACUGCACACACUCAUGGUCGCCACCAACGAUGAUGCUACAGCCUCUCUCGCCCAUCAGUUCUCUCUGCAGAACGUUCCGGAUUACCGCCAGAACGUCUACAUCCCUGGCAGCACCGCCACUCUGACAGCCAAUCAGCAGCAGCCCGCUCAUCCGGCCCUCCCCCAGCCCCCCCCUCAGGCCGACGCCCCGAAACCAGUGCAGACCCCGGCCAGCAAGAAGAAGUCCUCCAAGAAGGACAAGAAGUAGGAAGGAGGAGGAAGAGGAGGAGGAGGGUUGUUUUCUGCUCCAAGUGGAGAUGCUCUGAGUGUUUUUACAUUUCAGCCUUGCAGUGAGUGUCAAUGGCAGGAUGAAUAUCCCCUGCACAGAGUUUAACCAGAGUUAAUUUCAGGCUGUGUCCUGUAAAAUAGGAAUAUAGCUAAAUUAAUAUUUGAAUAGUUUAAUAUUUUUAUUGUUCAUGUAGAUGCUUCUUGUGGAUUGAUUGUAUUUUUGCUUUAUUUAGAGAGGAUGAGUUUUGGCUUGCAUGAUCCAUCCUUAACUACAAAUUAGACAGCAUCAAAUGAAGCCAGUUUUCCAGUUGCCACUCUGAAGGAGACGGGCCCAACACCAGCCCCCCGCCCCAAAGACCUGAUUUAGGUGGAGUUUUUGGUUAUGGAUGGUAACGGAGGGGCUGAACCGGGCUGGAGUCAGCACUGCUGGGUCAGAACCAGGAUUUAAAAAUAUUAUAUUCAUAUUAACAUUCAGUGAGUCACAGAAAACUGUAUACUUGUAAACAAUAUUGUCUACCCACUGUCUACAAACACACACACAUGCAUGUGCACACAUGUGCACACACACAUAUACACAUCCAGAAAGCAGUAUAUCAGACCUCUGGACACUAUUAGCUCCUGUAGAUUGUCAGUGAUUAUUUGUGUCUGUUUUCUGAGUCAUCAUCUGGGCAUCAACUGUCAAAUCAUAGCAGAGCAGAGACACUCAUUUCAGCCCUGUGUAGAGAUCCACCUGCUUCAGCCCUGUGUAGAGAUCCCCCCUCUUCAGCCCUGUGUAGAGAUCCACCUGCUUCAGCCCUGUGUAGAGAUCCACCCUCUUCAGCCCUGUGUAGAGAUCCACCUGCUUCAGCCCUGUGUAGAGAUCCACCCUCUUCAGCCCUGUGUAGAGAUCCACCUGCUUCAGCCCUGUGUAGAGAUCCACCUGCUUCAGCCCUGUGUAGAGAUCCACCCUCUUCAGCCCUGUGUAGAGAUCCACCUGCUUCAGCCCUGUGUAGAGAUCCACAUGCUUCAGCCCUGUGUAGAGAUCCACCUGCUUCAGCCCUGUGUAGAGAUCCACAUGCUUCAGCCCUGUGUAGAGAUCCACCCUCUUCAGCCCUGUGUAGAGAUCCACCCUCUUCAGCCCUGUGUAGAGAUCCACCUGCUUCAGCCCUGUGUAGAGAUCCACCUGCUUCAGCCCUGUGUAGAGAUCCACCUGCUUCAGCCCUGUGUAGAGAUCCACAUGCUUCAGCCCUGUGUAGAGAUCCACCCUCUUCAGCCCUGUGUAGAGAUCCACCUGCUUCAGCCCUGUGUAGAGAUCCACCUGCUUCAGCCCUGUGUAGAGAUCCACCCUCUUCAGCCCUGUGUAGAGAUCCACCUGCUUCAGCCCUGUGUAGAGAUCCACCUGCUUCAGCCCUGUGUAGAGAUCCACCUGCUUCAGCCCUGUGUAGAGAUCCACCUGCUUCAGCCCUGUGUAGAGAUCCACCUGCUUCAGCCCUGUGUAGAGAUCCACCUGCUUCACCCCUGUGUAGAGAUCCACCUGCUUCAGCCCUGUGUAGAGAUCCACAUGCUUCAGCCCUGUGUAGAGAUCCACCUGCUUCAGCCCUGUGUAGAGAUCCACCUGCUUCACCCGAGCUCUGAGCCACAGCCCUUCCACGAGGCUCACAGAAUGUUUUACCAGCCGGCCUGUCAGAGAGACCACAGCACCAUAUGGCAUGUGUUUUUCUGUUUUAACACCCAGGGUCAGGUUACAGGAAACAGACCUCCUGUAGAUUUUAUGUGUUUGUAUUUUCUGUGCCAUUUAAAUGAAUAUAUACAUGCACUUAUAUAUCUUUCACUUAAUGUCAAUCUUUCAUUUUAUAUUAUGUAUGUAUUUCAAUUUUUUUUUAUUUUCCACACUGACAUUUCAAAUAAAAGUUGAAAUGGUUGUAUCUGUUA